CACAGAAGGACUUUUGAGAGCUGCUACAAACUUGUGUGAUAUUCUACAACUUGGAUCCAUCAAUUGCUUCUGAGAUAAGAGCAAACAUACGAACACAGCAAAGCAGAAACCAUCGUCAUCAUGGUGUCACCAGCAUUCAAUUAUUUCCCUCCCCCCUUCCACACUCUGCCUUCUUACUGUAUUAUGGUGCUUCCUAAUUUCCCCCCGCCUCUUCCUCCUUCCAGACAACCACAAAGGCACCAGACGGCGAAAUAUAGCCCUUGUUUGACACCAAAACCUGCCAACGGCCGUUUCUCCCGAAGCAGCACAAGCGCGUCUCCAGCGGCCUUGCUGGUUUCCGGCAUUGUGCUCUGCCGAUCGCUUCUGAUCUGCGCAGAUUGGUUCGAUGCCUGUUCCCUGCUCUCGCCGCUAAUGUGCGGAGGUGCAGCACUAGGGGCCGCCCCUGUUGCUGUACAUCCUACAAGUUGCCAGGUUCUUAGCAAAGGUGCUUCUGUGUGUGCUGCGUUUUGGGGGCGAGAAAAUAGAGCGAAAUUGCGUUUUCCCUCGGCUUGUGCCUUUUGGCAUAUGACAAUUGCUGCAAUUCUCUGCCUCUUCUAUUCUCGUUCCCGCCGCCAAGUCUUUGGAUUUGCGGGGUAGCGCCGGUUUCGUUUUCGUUGAUGAUGAUGAUUUCUGUCUUGUGGUUUCUGGACUAAUUGACGGUCUUGUUUCCUUUCCCCCGUCUCGUCUGACCAAAGUGUCUCAGAGUUGGCAGCGGUUUGCUGUAUAGGCUCUUAUCUUCGUAUAUUAGCGGCCACACGGUGAGGUUACAUUCACAAUCAAGGCAUCCCGCCUGCCGGGCUACCUGGUCGAGUCCAUGGCAAGGCCCGA